AUGGCACUGGAUAUGGACAUCUAUGAAUUGCUGGUCAUUGGAGAUUCUGACCUACUAAUUCAUCAAGCACAAGGCGAAUGGGCCACCAAAAACAAAAAGAUCUUGUCAUACGUGAACUUGGCACAAGUACUGUGCAAGAAAUUUCAAAAGAUCGAAUUCCGACAUACUCCAAGAGCUCAGAACGAGUUUGCCAACGCGCUGGCCACAAUAGCAUCAAUGAUCCAACAUCCUGAAAGCAGUCACAUCGAUCCACUGAGGAUAAGCUUGAAGGAAGAGAACGCCCACUGCUGCCACGUAGAAGCAGAGCCGGCUGGUAAGCCAUGGUACAGUGACAUCAAAAUAUACUUGGAGAAAUGGCAAUACCCCGAAGGAUUCACGAGUGGACAAAAGAAGACCAUCAGAAGAAUGGCAAAUGGUUUAUUCCUGAACAAAGUAGUGUUGUACAAACGGACACCGGAUUUGGGUUUGCUUCGAUGUGUAGAUGCCAGCGAAGCCACUAAACUUCUAGAAGUACAUGCUGGGACAUGUGGACCCCAUAUGAAUGGAUUUGUACUGGCCAAGAAGAUUCUCCGAGCUAGAUAUUAUUGGAUGACCAUGGAAAAUGAUUGCUGCAAGUAUCUGCAAAGAAUUUUUACUUUUCAUGAGUGUGUGUUUCCUUUGAAUUGCCUCUUUCCUUCCUUCAAUCAGUCAUAUAAAAAGGAACAAUUCCUCCCCAACAUACAAGCCAUCAUCAGAUCUUAUCCAAACCUACUGGGACUAAUUACUAAAAUGGUGGCUGAAAGACCACGUACAAAUCGGAAAAGAUUGAUAAAACAGCAUCUUGUACAAGGCAAAGAAUUUGCUGUCCAACUUCAAACUCUGCUUCAACAACCUCUUGCACAUCAUAAACCAGUCUUAGCUCAGGACCUUAUUCUCAAAAUCUUGACAUCUUUUACUGAAGCUCUCUCUGAACUUAAUUUUGCUGGCUGCAAAGGGGUACUCCAGAUCCCGAAGGCUGACAGCGAUUUUAGGAAGAAGGACAAGCAAGUCGUGAAGGACCGGCGAGGUUGCAACCGGAGAAGAAGAAAUGCAUCAGAUUCAUUCACGAGAGAGUCUACAACAACGGUGGAUGGACAUGGAUGGAGGAAAUACGGGCAGAAGGAUAUACUUAAUUCAAAAUAUCCAAGGUGCUACUAUAGGUGCAGUCACAAGUAUGAUAAAGAGUGCCGGGCCACUAAACAAGUUCAAAGAAUCAAAGAGGACCCAAUAAUUUACCGAACUACAUACUUUGACCGUCACGUUUGUAAAUUUUCACUAAAGGAGCCACUUCAUCAGAUGGAGAAGACUCAAAAUUACAUAGUGAUAUAUCUUCUGCACUGGAUGGGCAGGAUUUGAUGCCAUCUUCUCCGGCUAUAAUGGCAGAUGAUUUUUCCCUUGAAGGGGUGGUUUCGAUUAUGACAUCUUCUGACUUGCAUGGUUUGGAUAUGGACGACAUUAGUAAAUUUGGUGAUUUUCACUUUGAGGCAUUAGAGUUUUCAUAAUUAUUCUUGUAACUUUUGAACUGAAUUAUGUCCCUUUGUGUCAUUCAAUAUAAUGAAGUGAAAGUUCUUAA